UGAUGGCUGUGCAGGAAGCAGGGGCAUUUUUGCAUAUAGGCCAUUCGGUGAUCAAUUUGCAAAGGAACGGGGCCUCGAGAUUACCUGAUGCCAUUGUUGUUUCAAGUGCUAUUCCCCAAAACAAUGCUGAGAUUUUGUAUGCAAAGUCCGUCGGAGUACCUGUGUACAAGCGAGACCAGUGGUUAGGAAAGCUGACAGAGAGCUAUAAUCUCAUUGCUGUAAGCGGUAGCCAUGGAAAGAGUACAACUGCAAGUAUGCUUGCUUAUGUUCUAGAUGCCAUGGGUGAUAGUCUUACCGCAGUAGUUGGAGCACAUGUGCCGCAGUUCUCAGGAGGAAACAUUAUCUUCGGUGAUGGUCGUAAUUUUGUCCUGGAGGCUGACGAAUACGAUUGCUGUUUCCUGGGAUUAUCACCUUCUAUAGCCGUUGUAACAAAUUUGGAUUGGGAGCAUGUUGACAUAUUUCCAAACGAGGAGGCGGUUAAAGCUACUUUCAGGAAAUUCCUGAACCGUAUCAGGGUCGGUGGACAUCUCAUUUUAUGUGGGGACAGUCAAGGUGCAUUUUCAUUGCUGACUGAUGGAAAGCGGGCAGGUGGAUCCGAUAACUGGAGAUGUUCUGAUAGCUACAACGUAACAACUUAUGGAACCACAAGUUCUAAUGAAUGGCAUGCAUCAUCGAUCAGGCCAAAUUUAAGGGGUGGUAGUGAUUAUACACUGUGUCAUUGCGGGCACCCUGUGGCAGACAUCAGUCUACAGAUUCCAGGAGUUCAUAACGUCCUUAAUUCGUUGGCAGUUAUUGCCACUGUGAUGGCAUUAUUCAGUGACCAAUUUCAAAUCAACAAUACAAUCAAUCUUGUGAGGUUGCACUUAAACAAUUUCAUAGGCAUUUCAAGACGUUUUGAGAUGAUUGGCGCCGUAUGCGGAUGCCAUAUAUAUGACGAUUAUGCUCAUCAUCCAACAGAAGUUAGUGCAGUAAUUCAAGCUGCACGCCAGAGGUUCCCUGUCAAGUCUCUUUUGGUCGUGUUCCAGCCUCAUACUUACAGCCGUUUAACAGCACUGAAGGAUGACUUCACCAAUGCUCUCCGCGAUGCAGAUCAAGUCGUAGUCACAGAGGUGUAUGCCGCUAGAGAGAAAGAUGUCGAGAAUGUUGGCGGAAGAGAGUUAGCUGCUACGAUAAUUGGCCCGCCAUCUGAAUACAUCCCUUCUCUGGACGAUGUUGUAGAGAAGUUAGCAUCUCAAAUAUGCAAGAACCCUCGUCGGGAAAUCGUUGUUUUAACACUUGGAGCAGGUAAUAUAACUACCGUCGGCCCAAAGCUGCUCUAUGAAUUGAGAAGGAGAUUACAAGUGAAUUCGCAGCUUGCUCCCCACUGAUCUACCUUCCGUGGCUUCAUCAUCAAGUUUGAAGAUUCAAGUGUUUGAUGCAUCAGUGACAGUCACUGAGCCGAACUUCCCCAAACCGGAGGUGGAAGGUGUAGUAACCCCGUUCUGAACUACGUCAAGAGAAGCCAUUUAACAAAAGUGACCGGCUUGCAAGCUAAGCAUUCGUUUCCGAGCAAACUGCAAUGCGUACUUACCAAAGGAUGGAAAGGAAACGAGUUGUUCAAUGCA